CUCUGUUCGCGACGUUGUUCUUCCGGUCGCGUCGUCAGGUCCGCAAGUAGCGGUUACUCCGGCGCGUGCGAAUCGUCGGCGACCGUUGAACGGCAUCAACCGUCUCGUCAGGCAGUCGGCGAGUCCGCUUUGGAUCCCGCCAGGUCGCCAAGAUGACCGCUAUACCCGGCACGGUGUGGUUCGACCCCUACGGCCAGCCCUGCAUCAUACUCCGCAACCAGGAGAAGCAGCAACGCCUCACCGGCCACGAGGCAAUCAAGUCGCAUAUACUGGCGGCGCGCAAUGUGGCCAACAUCCUUAGAACAUCUCUGGGGCCCAAGGGGCUGGAUAAGUUGAUGGUGAGCUCGGACGGGGACGUCACCGUGACCAACGACGGCGCGACGAUCUUGAAGAAUAUGGACGUCGACCAUGAAAUUGCCAAGCUGAUGGUCCAGUUGUCGAACGCUCAGGACGACGAGAUAGGCGACGGCACUACCGGAGUAGUCGUGCUCGCCGGCGCGUUUCUGGAACAGGCCGAGCAGCUGCUGGACAAGGGGAUUCAUCCGAUCAGAAUCGCCGACGGUUUCGAAUUGGCGGCCAGGUGUGCGACCGAGCAUCUCAAGACGAUAACGGACGAGUUCAAGGGAACCCUGGAGAAUUUGGAGCCCUACAUCGACAUAGCUAUGACCUCGUUAGGUUCAAAAAUCAUUAACAAGCAUCAUAGGCAGAUGGCGGAGAUAGCCGUGCAAGCUGUACUGGCAGUUAUGGAUCCUGUUACUCGCGACGUUAAUUUUGAACUGAUCAAGAUAGAAGGGAAGGUUGGUGGUAGAUUGGAGGAUACUGUCUUGGUACGCGGUGUCGUCGUCGACAAGGACUUCAGUCAUCCUCAAAUGCCGAAGAGGUUGGAAGACGUCAAACUGGCCAUCUUGACUUGCCCGUUUGAACCACCGAAACCCAAAACGAAGCACAAGUUGGACGUCACGUCGGUGGACGAUUACAGAGCUUUGCGCGAUUACGAGCGCGAGAAGUUCACGGAAAUGGUGAAGCAGGUGAAAGAUGCCGGUACGACGCUGGCUAUUUGUCAAUGGGGCUUCGACGACGAGGCCAACCACCUCCUGCUGCAGAAUAAUUUGCCUGCGGUUAGAUGGGUCGGCGGUCCGGAAAUUGAACUCAUUGCCAUUGCGACCGGUGGACGCAUCGUACCCCGCUUCGAGGAAUUGAAGCCGGAGAAACUCGGCCACGCCGGUGUCGUCAGGGAAUUGACGUUUGGCACGACAAAGGAUCGAAUGCUGGUCAUCGAGGAGUGCAAAAACUCGCGCGCUGUGACGAUCUUUAUUCGCGGCGGCAACAAAAUGAUCAUUGAAGAGGCGAAACGGUCGAUACAUGAUGCAUUGUGCACCGUACGCAACGUAGUGAAAGACAACAGGAUUCUUUACGGUGGAGGCGCUGCGGAAAUAUCUUGUGCGCUGGCUUGCAUGGCACAGGCUGAUAAAAUCAGCACUUUGGAACAAUACGCCUUCCGUGCCUUCGCUGAAGCUUUGGAGAGCGUUCCCAUGGCGCUCGCUGAGAAUUCAGGCCUGUCCUCGGUAAACACCAUAGCGGAAAUUAAAGCUCGUCAGUUGGCCGAGAAGAAUCCCGCUCUUGGUAUCGACUGCUUGAACCGAGGCACAGCAAAUAUGAAGAAACAGAACGUCAUUGAGACGCUGACAAGUAAGAUUCAACAGAUCUUGUUGGCCACGCAACUCGUCAAGAUGAUACUGAAAAUUGACGAUGUACGCUCGCCAAGCGACACCGGCGAAAACUAAAAUCUAAGUUUAUUUAAUUACGUUUUAUUAUCUUAAAUACUUUAUUCUACUUGGUAUCGUUCUAUGUGCUGCAUUUCGUUUUACAUUUUGUAGCAAUGGCUUCGUUGAAAAUUGUUUCACAUCACGUUCUAUGAUUUAUAUAAUAUGUAAUAAAUUGGAUAAUUGUAACUGGAAAUUAUUUCACAUCUCCUUUAUAAUUUAUACAAUAUUACAUUUUAUAUGUAAAUUAUAAAGAUGAUGGGAAUCAUUUUCAAUGAUACAAUAUCAUCUCUGUAUACCAAUUUGGCAAUACAGUCACUAAGCGAUACCUGAUUCACAGGC